UUUCCUGAGCUGCGGGCUGCAAGGGAGGAGAAGCGGCGUCCUGCAACCCCCUCGGCUGGGCCCCGGGGUAAUUCGAUGCGGGCCUGGCGAGGCUCCCCACGCUAGAUCGGGGCUCGCGUCUCGGCAGCCUCCACCCACCGGCCCACCCUACAUUUAGCGCAUCAUGUGAUCCGGCCAUCAAGUGUUUACUGCAUCCCAACCAUUUCCAGGAAGAAAGAAGAAACAUAGAAUGCAGAAUUAGCAACCUAAGUGUGCAAACAAAACUUCGGGAAGAGGAUCAAUGUGACUCUAAAGUCAAAUGGAUGAAUGAAUACCCAUAUGAAGAGGAAAACAAUAAAGAAUAUCAACACCUUUGAGAACAGAAUGUUAAUGCUUGAUGGGAUGCCGGCAGUCAGAGUCAAAACAGAGCUUUUGGAAUCAGAACAAGGGUCUCCAAACGUCCACAACUACCCCGAUAUGGAAGCUGUUCCCCUGUUGCUAAAUAAUGUGAAAGGGGAGCCACCGGAGGACUCAUUACCUGUAGAUCACUUCCAAACACAAACUGAGCCAGUGGACUUGUCCAUACACAAAGCCAGGACGUCCCCUACCGCUGUUUCAUCCUCCCCAGUCUCCAUGACAGCAUCUGCCUCCUCACCGUCUUCUACUUCAACCUCUUCAUCAUCUUCUAGUCGUCCAGCCUCAUCCCCAACUGUUAUAACGUCGGUAUCUUCAGCAUCGUCUUCAUCCACAGUAUUAACUCCAGGACCCCUUGUUGCCUCUGCAUCUGGCGUGGGAGGCCAGCAGUUUUUGCACAUUAUCCACCCCGUACCGCCUUCAAGUCCCAUGAAUUUACAGUCCAAUAAACUGAGUCAUGUUCACCGUAUCCCCGUGGUGGUACAGUCGGUGCCUGUUGUCUACACAGCUGUACGGUCACCUGGAAAUGUGAACAACACUAUUGUAGUGCCGCUUUUGGAGGAUGGGAGAGGCCAUGGCAAAGCACAAAUGGACCCCCGAGGCCUAUCUCCCAGACAAAGUAAAAGUGACAGUGACGAUGAUGACCUGCCAAAUGUGACCUUAGAUAGCGUUAAUGAAACUGGAUCUACGGCCCUUUCCAUAGCCAGAGCAGUACAAGACAGUGAUAGGAUGCCUCAUAAGCAACAAGAACAAAGGGUACAUCCGUCCCCAGUAUCAAGGGUCCGAGGAAAUCGUGUGAAUAAUCAGAAAUUUGCUUGUUCAAUUUCACCAUUUAGUAUUGAGAGCACAAGACGCCAGAGACGGUCUGAAUCCCCCGACUCCAGGAAACGGCGUAUCCACAGAUGUGAUUUUGAGGGAUGUAACAAAGUGUACACGAAAAGUUCUCACCUGAAGGCUCAUCGGAGGACACACACAGGAGAGAAGCCCUACAAGUGCACCUGGGAAGGCUGCACCUGGAAGUUCGCCCGUUCAGAUGAACUGACGAGGCAUUACCGGAAACACACGGGAGUGAAGCCAUUCAAGUGUGCGGACUGUGACCGCAGCUUUUCCCGGUCAGAUCACCUGGCACUGCACCGUCGGAGGCACAUGCUUGUGUGAGGAAGGCGCCCUGACCAGCUGGGCGUAAGAGCUGGAUCUCUUAGAGGCACCCAAUUCAGCAGGGCUGAAUCCCCCUUCACAGUGUUAACGCAAAGGGCAUCACCAUCCCACGAUGUCUGAAAGCAGAGCAGGAACAAGAGGGAACACUUUUCCUUUCAGUCUGAAGGUAAUCCCCAUCAUGACUCCAGAGAGAUGUCUUCACGCUGGCCUGGGAGUUCAGUGCCACAAAUGCUGAAGAGACAGGCAUUGUUUUCCGUGCUGUGUCCUCUGCCAUUAAGAGAUGUUUGUAGCUUGUACAUUUUCUGAGCUGUCAGACAUUUUGUUAUCAAUAUUUUAAAGGUCAUCUACCACAAAUUGAUGGCUAGAGCAAGACCUUUUAAAUUUGGAUGAUUCUCCCAGCAUCCCUUCCCCCUUCCCCUACCUUAGCCCUUUUAUACAAAAUUUUAGUUCCUAUCUAAGUAAGCUAGAACACACAUCCAGUCUGUUACCAGCAAGCAGCAUGAACAUAGAAAGGAAGAAGCUGUUGGAGAAGUUCCAUUACCUGAAAAUAAAGGCACACUCAAGCAGCCCUUUGCAGUAGCGAUGGCAACCGCUAGAUAUCACUCGCCACUUGUCAUCAUGCCAUGCCCUGAAGAAAACCGACAUUGAAUCUUUCAUUUGUUUGUCGUUGAUUGUUUUUGUUCUGUUUUGUUCAUCUGUUUGAGCAGAGGAGCAGCCACAUUUCAGUUGAAGUCUAGUCCUGGUGUCUGUCCUGGUAUGGACUGGCACAGAGCUGUUCUGUAGUUGAAUAGGAAGAGCCUGUCUAAAAAAAACUACUGCCCCACUUCAAAUUGCAGUGUUCUGUCACCUAGGCAUCAUCUCUUCCUGUCCCUAGUGUUUGGUUACAAGGAAUCAGGGCAGGGGAGGGGACUUUCUUAGACACGCUGGCACCAAGGUAAGAGUGGGGGCUGCCCAGGCAAAGUGAGUGAACAUGAAAACUCAGACAAAGCAGAGAUGGAAAUAAUGAGUCUCUUGAGGACAAAGCAAUAAUGAAUAAAGGACUUUCCUACAAUAACUUCACUGAGGACUCACGUUACCAAUUUUCAUACUUACUAAAGGAAUUGUAAGAAACACCCCAGCAUUUUAGACGUCUUGGUUCCAUUUACAGCUCUGAGGUAAUCUUUCUGCUGUUUGUUGUCCUGCUUGGUUGAGUACCACAAUUAAAGAUUAUGCUCCCCUUUUAUUUGAAAACAGUUAUUUGGUAAGUAGAAAGGCAAGGGAGGCAUAAGCCAGGAAUUAACUCUUUGGCUAAUGGGUCAGAUCUCCGUGAACCUGAGUCGGUAGAAAGGCAGUGUCCCCAUGGAAAGCCUACCAUGGUGCUAGUUUCCUCUUCUGGAGAGCCCAGGAUAAUGACUCUCCAGUAGGUUCUUCUCCACAAUUUCAUUUUCUAAACUGUGCUGGGACCCAGUGGUCCUGCAUUAGCAUCUAUCUGCAGGGAUGGUGAACUUGCUGUAGGAUACUGAAGUAGAGUCCCGGUUCCAUUGACCACUAAAACUAGGGGCCUUCUGCCACUAGAAAACAUGCAAAGUAGACAGGAAACAGAGCAAUACAUCACCAAACUAACAUUCUUUCACAAAAAUUACCAUAUUUUUCCCCACAAAAAGCUGGGUUUUUUCCCCAGCUUUACGUGGCAAAGGGGCUUGGUGAGAUUUGUUGUUGUUGUUGUUGUUGUUAGGAUUUUUUAUAGCUUAGAUAUAAAAGGUCUCCAGCAAUGACCUUUGCAAUAUAUUUUAAUUAUAAACACUUGAUUUGGGGAAUUGCACAAAUUAACCUCACAAUAUU